CAAAUCCAGUAGUACCUCCACAACCUAUAGAUAAUUCUCAAGAUUUACAAGAGAGAAUUAUAGGGACAUAUAGAAAACUCCUUAGAACCCGAACUAUAAUGAGAAAACAUCAGUUGGCCUAUGCAUACUACCUGGGAGAAUUGUUAGAACAAUAUCCAGAAGAACGACGAAUAAGUAAAAGAAAAAUAUCGCAAUAUUAUUAUAGCGCUUUUAUUCGAACCUAUAAUAUAUUUGCAGAAAUUGGAGUAGAUCAAAUAUUCCGAACUAGUAACACCACCUUGGCCAAGAUUGCUAGACUUUCUGAAUAA